AUGCCAGCUCUGUCCAACACUCAGCUCUCAGAGGAGGAAGUGAUGCGUGAGACUCUCCGCUGUGUCUCUCUCUGUGAUCCUGGAGUCCAUGCUUUCCUCCUGGUCAUUCCUGAGGGCUUCCUCACUGAAGAAGACAAAGGAGAAAUGGAGAAGAUUCAGACAAUAUUCAGCUCAAGAGUCAAUGAUUACACCAUGGUCCUGAUAAAUCAGAAACCUGGACAGGAAGUGACAGAAUUAGAUGAAUCAACUCAGACAAUCAUCAGAUCCUGCAGAGGAGGACAUCAGUUCUUAGGUUCCAGUUCACAGGUGUCAGAGUUACUGAAGAGUGCUGACAAACUGGUGGAACAGAAUAGAGGAAGUCAUUACACAUCAGUCAUGUACCUAGAAACACAACUAAAGAAAUACCAGACUGAAAAUGAAGACAUGAAGAGAAAAAUGAAGACAAUGGAGGAAAAGAUUAAUCAUAUGACAGAUUUCAGACGGAGAUCCCCCGGUCUGAGAAUAGUGCUGGUGGGGAAGACUGGUGUUGGGAAGAGUGCCACAGGAAACACCAUCCUGGGGAAAGAAGAUGUUUUUAAAGAAGAUGAGUGUUUUGAGUCUGUGACUAAAACAUGUCAGAGAGAGACAGCUGAAGUCAAUGGAAGACAGAUAACAGUGAUUGACACACCAGGACUGUUUGAUACAGAGACCGAUAAUGAGGAGAUGAAAAAAGAGAUCAGUAAUUGUAUCGUCAUGGCAACACCAGGGCCACAUGUGAUUCUACUGGUGUUAGCAGUGGGACGUUUUACUAAAGAAGAGAAAGAAGCAGUGAAGAUCAUUGAAGAAACUUUUGGAGACAAAUCCAGAAUGUACACUAUGGUCCUGUUCACUAAAGGAGAUCAGCUAAGGAAGAAACCCAUAGAACAGUAUAUAGGAAACCCUGGAACUGACUUAGGGAAUCUGAUUGACCAGUGUGGUAACAGAUACCAUGUGUUUAACAACACAGACCCCAAUAACCAAACUCAGGUUAAGGAACUCCUGGAGAAGAUAGACACCAUGGUGUCAGAGAAUGGAGGGACCUUCUACACUAAUGAGAUGUUCAGACAGGUAGAGGAAGCUCUCCAAGAGGAAAAGGAGAGAAUACUGAGAGAGAAAGUGGAGGAGAAAGAAAGAGAGAAAGAAGAACUGAAGGCUGAAUAUGAGGCAAAAAUAGAGAGAAUGAAAGAGACAAUGGAGGAGGAGAGAAAGAGACAGCAUGAAGAGAGAGAGAGGAGGAAGACGGAGGAGGAAGAGAGGAGAAAAAAGGAAGAGAGCUUAUGGGAAAGAGAACUACAAUUAAAGGACGAAAAGUGGCGUUUGGAGCUGAAGAGACAGCAGGAGGCACAUGAGAGAGAAAAGCAGGAUCUGAGGACACAAAUAGAACAGGCAAGGGCAGAGGAACAACAAAAACAUCUACAACAAAAAGAGUGGGAAAGAAUAAUAGAAGAGGAGAGAAGGAUGAGGGAAGAACAAGAAAAGACGUUGAAAGUAAAGGCAGAGUUUUCAGAACACAGGUGGAGAGAUAAAGUACGGACACUAGAGAGUAAAAUGGAGACACUGGUGAAGAAAGAAAGUGGAGUCUGA